AUGAGAAUUACAAGCACGUCUUGUAUCUGUCCAGUCCUAGUUUGUCUCUGUUUUGUGCAGAGGUGUUAUGGAGCUGCUCACCAUGGCUCCAUCAAGGUGACUAGAAAUCAAACCAAACACAUGGAAGGUGAAACAGAAGUGCAUCAUCGUCCCAAACGUGGAUGGGUGUGGAAUCAGUUCUUUGUUUUAGAAGAACACAUGGGACCAGAUCCUCAGUAUGUAGGAAAGCUGCACUCCAAUUCCGACAAAGGUGAUGGAUCAGUGAAAUACAUUCUUACUGGAGAAGGGGCGGGUACUAUAUUUAUCAUUGAUGACACAACUGGAGACAUCCAUUCAACCAAAAGUCUAGAUCGAGAGCAGAAGACACACUAUGUGCUUCAUGCCCAAGCUAUUGAUAGACGGACAAACAAGCCGCUCGAGCCUGAAUCUGAAUUUAUUAUCAAAGUGCAGGAUAUCAACGACAAUGCACCAAAAUUUACAGAUGGACCAUACAUUGUUACUGUGCCAGAGAUGUCUGAAAUGGGUACAUCUGUUCUACAGGUGACAGCCACAGAUGCAGAUGACCCUACGUAUGGAAACAGUGCCAGGGUGGUGUACAGUAUUCUUCAGGGACAGCCAUAUUUCUCUGUUGACCCUAAAACAGGAGUCAUCAGGACUGCCUUGCACAACAUGGACAGGGAAGCCAGAGAGCAUUAUUCCGUUGUCAUUCAAGCCAAAGAUAUGGCUGGGCAGGUCGGAGGGCUGUCAGGGUCAACAACUGUAAAUAUCACACUCACUGAUGUCAACGACAAUCCACCCAGGUUUCCUCAGAAACACUAUCAGCUAUAUGUUCCUGAAUCAGCUCAAGUUGGAUCAGCAGUUGGUAAAAUCAAAGCAAAUGAUGCAGAUACUGGUUCAAAUGCAGACAUGAAGUACACAAUUAUAAAUGGUGAUGGGUCUGGGGUGUUCUCCAUAUCCACUGACAAAGAAACAAGGGAAGGAAUUCUUUCCCUGAGGAAGCCGCUCAACUAUGAAAAAAAGAAGUCAUACACACUUAACAUCGAAGGAGCAAACACUCACCUUGAUUUCCGCUUUUCGCACUUGGGACCAUUCAAAGAUGUAACAAUGUUGAAGGUCAUUGUUGGUGAUGUAGAUGAACCUCCACUCUUCACUAUGCCUUCCUAUGUCAUGGAAGUUUAUGAAAAUGCAAAGAUUGGGACUACUGUUGGUGCAGUAACAGCACAAGAUCCUGACACUGCCAACAGUUUAGUGAGAUACUUCAUUGAUCAAAACACCGAAGAAGACAGGUAUUUCACCAUUGAUGCUAGUACUGGGAUCAUUAAGACUGCCAAGAUCUUUGACAGAGAGGAGUCACCUUGGUACAACAUCACAGUGUCUGCUUCUGAGAUAGACAAUCCUGAGCUAGUGAGCCACGUUCCAGUUGGUGUUAGAAUCCUGGAUGUCAAUGACAACCCUCCAGAGUUCGACAGAGACUAUGACACAGUUGUCUGCGAGAAUGCAAAGCCUGGUCAGGUAAUUCAGACUAUCACUGCAACUGACAAAGAUAACUCUGCAAAUGGGGCAAGAUUCCAUUUUUCCCUUGAUGAAGGGAUUUCAUUGAAUCCCAACUUUACUCUAAGGGACAAUGAAGAUAAUACAGCCAGUAUCAUGACAAGACGAAGGAGAUACAGUCGGACCACUCAGGAUAUCUAUUACCUCCCAGUUUUGAUUUCUGAUGGUGGAGUGCCCCCUCUCAGCAGCAGCAGUACUCUCACAAUUAGGGUUUGUGCCUGUGAGAGAGAUGGACGAGUGAGAACUUGCCAUGCUGAAGCUUUCCUCUCCUCAGCUGGACUGAGCACAGGAGCUUUAAUUGCAAUCCUGCUCUGUGUUGUCAUUCUUCUUGUUUUCUCUUUAGCGAUUGUGGUCCUUUUCAUCACCCUGAGACGCAGCAAGAAGGAGCCCUUGAUCAUUUCAGAAGAAGAUGUCCGGGAAAAUGUCGUGACAUAUGAUGAUGAGGGUGGUGGAGAAGAAGACACAGAAGCAUUUGACAUCACAGCACUGAGAAACCCAUCGGCUGCUGAGGAGCUAAAAUACCGGAGAGAUGUUCGUCCUGAAGUAAAGCCUAUGCACAGGCAUCAUCUAUCCUCAAGCCUUGACAGUAUAGAUGUUCAGGAGUUCAUUAAACAAAGAUUGGCAGAGGCUGAUCUGGACCCCACCGUGCCCCCCUAUGACUCCCUACAGACAUAUGCCUAUGAGGGUCAUAGAUCAGAAGCUGGAUCUAUCAGCUCUCUGGAUUCAGCCACAACACACUCUGACCAGGAUUAUAAUUACCUUGGUGACUGGGGACCUGAGUUCAAGAAACUGGCUGAACUCUACGGAGAAAUAGAAUCAGAAAGAACAACUUAG